GCUACAGAAAUUGGCUUGACCACGAUAAUGUUGCCCCAUUUGAUCUCCAAACACAAUCGAGGAGACAUCGUUCAUUACUGCAAAACUUUACUCCGUGUCACUUUUACGCUUCCCGGGCCAGCUUUUAGCUCGCUAGCUGCUAAUACAGAGACGCGGAAGUUAGGGACACUUGCUGCGCAUGCGUUGCUCUGCAUUUUGGACUACUACUGUAGUUAGCAAGACGACGAGAUCAUCCAAUGAGGUUUAUUUGGUCCAGAGGUAAUAUACUUAAACAGUUCUUUUUUCAGACCAGAGAAAGGACGGCUUGUUCUCUUGUCUCUAAUUGUUUUGUGUAACGAGUGUUCAUUACUGUUAAGACAAACUCUUCUCGGCGUUAUUUUUAAGCUUCGAGGGCUAGAUUAGCUUGUUAGCUGCUAACAAAGACACCGGGAAGUGAUCGACACAUCACUAUGCAGAGAUCAAGUUGUUGGAAAGAACGACAGCAUAGGACGAGGAAAAACUUUUUCCAACAAAAGAGAGAACGAGCGACCAUGUUAACUGGACGCUGUUUUCAAGAAGCCUCAAUUUGUGUUACACAGAGCAGACAUCAGUGAAGAAGAUCUUUCUCCUGAGCUACAGGAGUGGCACUGCAGGAUGGAGCAGGAGGAGCCACAGCCCCCCCACGUUAAAGGGGAAGAGGAGGCGACUCAGACCUUCCACAUUAAAGAGGAAGAGGAGGAGCACCAGCCUCCCCACUUUAAAGAGGAAGAGGAGGAGCCUCAACUCCCCCACAUUAAAGAGGAAAAGGAGGAGCCACAGGCCCCCUACGUUAAAGAGGAAGAGGAGGAGCCACAGGCCCCCUACGUUAAAGAGGAGGAACACAUUAUCAAUCAGAAGGGAGAGCAACUUGAAGGACUGGAGGAGUUCCCAGUGAUUGGUGUCAUUGUGAAGAGUGAAGAUGAUGAAGACAAAGAUGAAAGUGAGGAGAAGAGAGAGGUGGAGCAUCCAAGCAGCAGCUCAACUCAACACAUGACAACAGAAGCUGAUGGAGACCACUGUGGAGGAUCACAAGCAGACAACCUCUUAGCUCCACUAUCAGAUAGUGACGACACAACGUCACACUCUCCUGACUCUGAUGAUGAAGACUCUAAAGCUGAUAUGACAUGUCACACUGACCACAAACGCUUUACAUGCUCUCACUGUGACAAAACUUUUCAUCAUCGUAGUACUCUGAAAAUACACAUGAGAAGCCACACCGGAGAGAAACCAUUUGCCUGCUUAUUUUGUCAGCAAACAUUCUCUCGAAAGUCAAAUUUGAUAACACACACAAGAAGACACACAGGGGAGACACCUUUUGCCUGUUCAGUGUGUGGUGUGGGUUUUGUACGAAAUCAACAUUUAGUAGCACACAUGAGAACACACACUGGGGAGAAACCUUUUAUCUGUUCUGUCUGUGGUACAGGUUUUAGACAAAAUCAUAGUUUGAAAACACACAUGAGACAACACACUGGUGAGAAACCUUUUUGCUGUUCAAUCUGUGGUAUAGGUUUUGUACAAAGUCAGCAGUUGAAAGUACACAUGAGAAAACACACUGGUGAGAAACCUUUUUCCUGUUCUAUCUGUGGUAUAGGUUUUGGACAAAAUCAACUGUUGAAAAGACACAUGAGAAAACACACUGGGGAAAAACCAUAUUCCUGUUCAGUCUGCAGCAAAAGCUUUUUAGACCGAACAACACUUGUAACACACAUGAGAAGACACACUGGAGAAAAAGUGUUUAGUUGCAGUGUGUGUGGUGAAAGAUUCUCUUAUAAGUACCAGCUUAACAAUCACAAGUGUGCUGGUGAGAACAGCAGCAGUAAAUGAAGCUGCAGGUUUUUGAAAUAUGGUAACUUUAACAUCAUCACAUAUAACAAGUGUGACAUCAUUGCUUUAUGUGUAUCACAAUCUUUAUGCCUUUCAAUGAAUAUGUAUAUGAAAAAAACAAUAAAAUAU